AUGCCUCAAAACGAGUAUAUCGAACAGCAUAUCAAGAAACAUGGACGUAGGCUAGAUCAUGAGGAGCGUAAGCGUAAGAGAGAGGCUAGAGAGGUGCAUAAGAUUGCGGAUAAAGCGCAGAAGUUGACUGGGUGGAAGGCCAAGCAGUUUGCUAAGAAGCGUUACGCCGAGAAGGUAUCGAUGCGGAAGAAGAUUAAGGCUCAUGAGCAGUCGAAGAUCAAGGGUGGAUCGAAGCCGAUGGACGAAUCUGGAGAGGCACUCCCUACAUAUUUGCUGGAUAGGGAACAGACAAAUACAGCUAAGGCAAUCUCAUCAAGUAUUAAACAGAAAAGACUAGAGAAGGCUGACAAGUUCUCAGUACCGUUGCCUAAAGUAAGGGGUAUUAGCGAGGAGGAAAUGUUCAAAGUGAUCAAAACAGGCAAAUCUAAGACGAAGAGUUGGAAGAGAAUGAUCACGAAACACACGUUUGUGGGUGAGGGCUUUACAAGAAGACCUGUAAAGAUGGAAAGAGUUAUUAGACCCGCGGCCUUGAGGCAAAAGAAAGCAAAUGUAACGCACCCAGAACUAGGCGUCACAGUUUUCCUACCGAUUCUUUCAGUUAAGAAGAACCCUCAAUCUCCAAUGUACACACAGUUAGGUGUCCUCACCAAAGGUACCAUCAUUGAAGUUAAUGUUUCCGAGUUAGGUAUGGUUACUUCUGGAGGUAAGGUUGUGUGGGGCAAGUACGCCCAAAUCACAAAUGAGCCUGACAGGGAUGGCUGUGUUAAUGCCGUUCUAUUGGUGUGA